GUUCGAGAGGAAUUCGUUCUUAGCUUCGCCAUCUAUAACAACGAAUGGUCGAUGCUUUUCGAUAUUUCAGUUGUGUGGUUACUUUAAUUUAUUGACAAAAAUGUAACACUUCUAUUUUAAAUUGACCAUGUUUUCGCAACCGGAAUGAUAUCUGUUUUAUCCAAGUUAAGUUAUUUGUGUAAAUAUUGAAGGUGUUUUUAUUCAAGUAAGAACCUCGUUCACGCGAGAAAGCGAAAAUGUCUUCGAAGAGUGAAUUAAAAAAGUUGUCAGAGGAAAGCUUAACAAGACAACCAGAAGAAGUAUUUGACAUAAUAUGCAAGUUAGGAGAGGGAUCCUAUGGAUCGGUUUACAAAGCAUUGCAUAAAGAAAGUGGACAGGUACUUGCCAUCAAACAAGUACCUGUCGAUACGGACUUGCAAGAAAUUAUAAAAGAAAUUUCUAUCAUGCAACAGUGUGAUUCCCCAUAUGUGGUUAAAUAUUAUGGAAGCUACUUUAAGAACACUGAUUUAUGGAUUGUAAUGGAAUAUUGUGGAGCUGGAUCUGUUAGCGAUAUUAUGAGGUUACGGAAGAAAACUUUGCAAGAAGAUGAAAUAGCAACAAUUCUCAGUGAUACCUUGAAGGGUUUAGAGUAUCUUCAUUUAAGAAGAAAGAUACAUAGAGAUAUUAAAGCAGGAAAUAUCUUGCUUAAUAAUGAAGGGCAUGCAAAACUAGCGGAUUUUGGUGUAGCUGGACAGUUAACUGAUACAAUGGCGAAACGUAAUACAGUGAUAGGGACUCCAUUCUGGAUGGCUCCAGAAGUUAUUCAAGAAAUUGGAUACGAUUGUGUCGCAGACAUAUGGUCCCUUGGUAUAACUGCAUUAGAAAUGGCAGAGGGAAAACCACCGUAUGGUGAUAUACAUCCAAUGAGAGCAAUAUUUAUGAUUCCAACUAAACCUCCGCCUAGCUUUAGAGAACCAGACCAGUGGAGUCCUGAAUUUAUCGAUUUUGUCAGUGGGUGCCUUGUUAAAAAUCCAGAAGAAAGAUCUACUGCUACUGAGCUUUUGAAUCACGAAUUUAUAGGUAAUGCCAAACAGCCCAGUAUUCUAAGUCAGAUGAUUGCAGAAGCUCAUGAAAUACGAGAAAAGCAAAGCGCACAUCGUGCUCACGUUAUUAAUAAUGUUGCAAUAAAGAACCAAAAUCAGACUGAAGACUCGGAUGAAGAAGACUGUAGCGGGACAAUGAAACCUUUACCAGAGGAUACAGGAACUUUAGUACCAAGUCAUGAUCUUCCAGAUACGGGAACGCUUGUUUCUGCAAUGUUAGACUUGGGAACAAUGGUUAUUAAUAGCGAUACGGAUACUGAAGCAACUAUGAAACGUCAUAAUACAGGGUCAGUUGAAUCCGGUAAAAAGUAUCGGCCAUUAUUUUUAGAUCAUUUUGAUAAAAAAGAAGCACCUGAAAUAGGAAAGGGUAAUGGACAAAUUCUUGGAGCACAUAAUCCAGAUAAUGAAAGUAAACUAGAAUUACGAAGUCCUUCAGAAUCUCAAAGGUUUCAAAGUCACCUACAACUACAGCUUAACCAGAUUUCCCAUCCCGUGCAAGAACAACCGCAUAAUAACAUAUCUAAGUUUCAAAAUGUCUUCACGGAACGUGAUUUCGAUUUCAUAAACAACCAUCUCCUGCAGCUGAAGUUUCUCUCAUACGAGGAACUACAGCAACGAAUGGCUAAUUUGGACGCAGAAAUGGAGCGGGAAAUUGACGAGUUAAGAAGAAGGUAUCAAACGAAGAGACAGCCGAUCCUUGAUGCUAUGGAUACCAAACGGAAACGUCAACAAAACUUCUAACAGUUUGGUUACUUUUUCUACGCGGAUAAGUGUGAUGACGAUAGAUAAAGGGUGUACAGUUGUAUAAAUGAAUAGAUUUUAUUCAUCUCGUCCUGACUUUCAUCAAAGAGAAGUACAUUGCCUAAUUAAAUGUUUACCUAACGAAAAGAAUAAUAGCGAUUUAAAGUAUUUUCCUCUCUUACGAAGUCAAUGUCUUCCUCUUUGUGAAUCAGAUACGAGUAACUAAUACUAGCCAAUAGCCUCACGUCAUCAAUGUAAAUUAUUUUACAUGAUUUAGGUGAAUGAUCAUUAUACUUAAUUUUUUUACGAUUACGUUUAUCCGUAUACUGUGAAAUAUGGUAUUCUUACAGAAAUAUUAUGGAAUCCCAUCAACAUUCUUCACAAAACAAAAACUAAAGAAAAGAGAAAUCGAAUGCAACGAGAACGAAAAAAAGAUCGCAUGCCGUGCUUGCAUUUUGUUUUCCUUUUCCUUCGUUGUUGACAAAAAUAGUAGAGGUGCCGACAUACAAUUGAUAUUUGGUUUUGUCUUACGCUAGUCACCUAUUAUGCCAUUUAUUUUAUCCAUAAUAUUACAUCAACAAAUAUUAUUACCUAUUACGAAAUACAAGGAACGGAGGUCAUCCCGAAAAUAUAUUUAUAGACUUUUGCGCUAACAUAUCGUUUACUUGUGAAAUUAUUUCCAAUAAGUAAGCAAGCUUUAGAAGGUAUUAAAGUUUUUACUCCUUUUUUUACUGCCAUAGAUAUUAUUGCGCGUUUACCUACAGAUAUUAACAUUAGGUUACGAAAUAUACGUUCUUAUGUCGGUUGAAUUAGUAUCAAGAUUUUGUAAGAAGUUGCGAGUUGUUUGGUAGUGUUUUUUACCAUGCAAGAUUACAAAUAAAAGUGAGAGCAUUUCGGAGUCAAGCAUAUAUGACGAAUGAACUUACUAAAGUUAGUCUUCCGUAUUAGAAUGUACUUCAAUAUUUCACUAAUUCGUUAAGUCAGUAUUGAAUUUGUUGGGAGUAAUCAUCAUAAAGCAAUGGCAAGAUUUAUAAUAUUUUUAGACUCGUAUAAAUGUGUAUUUUAUUGAAACGCAUUCUUUUUUUUGUUUUUUAAUCGUUUUUAUAUUUGAAAUUUGGAAAUACGUUAUCAUUGUGCUUUCUAUAAAAAAUAUCAGUGAAUAUUAUUUAAUUGUAUUACACCAGGGGAACAGUAACGCACGUAUGUACAACAUGUACCGUUGAGAAU